AUGGAAACGUACCUGAUGAAAACCGAAGCAGAAAACCGAAGCAGAAAAUUGAAGCAGCAAACCAAAGCAGUAAACAUAAUGAAGGCGGAAAUGAGAGAGAAUGAGAGAGAGAGAGAGAGAGAGAGAGAGAGAGAGAGAGAGAGAGAGAGAGAGAGAGAGAGAGAGAGAGAGAGAGAGAGAGAGAGAGAGAGAGAGAGAGAGAGACGAGAGAGAGAGAAGAGAGACAGAGAUAGCGAAGGGAGAAAUCAUCGACUAAAUAAUGGAAUCUAG